AUGCCUUCCAGCUUCUCGAUCCUCCUCCUCCUCAUGGGGCACUUGAUCUGCAGCAGCAUCGAGCUUCUAUCUCUGCCCCGCAUUCCCCACGUUCCCCCUUAUGAGGCUCACGGUAGUCUCGCGCACAACAGCUCCCACCUCCUCCCCCAGCUGCGGGGUGGGGCCCCGAAGAUCAAACUGGGCAGGCAAGCCAUGAACAAGACGUACCUGCCGGGGUCUCUGCCCGAGUGGGCGGAGGCGAUCGUGAUGAUGAAGAACCUGACACCUGCUGAGCGAGUGAUUCUGUGCCGGGAGACCUUCUGUAAGUUGAGGGAGUCCGUCGAGAAGCAUCCAGCGGACAAGUUUAUCAUGCAUUCAGAUGCGACAUCGGACAGCACAGAUAUAUUGGAUGAUUUUGAUGAUGACGACGACGACAAUGGAGGAGGGACAUUCGACAACUUCAUCGACCCGCAGACAGGCGAGCUGAAGCGCAAAAAGCUCUCUGGAAGCGCGAAGGAUCGUCGAGCCUACAUCAAGAUGCUCAAGGAAAAGCUGGGAGACAAGUGGGAUCCCAAGAUCUUGGAGCAGAUAGGGAUAAGGGUGCCAAACUUUUCAGACCCGAACCUCCUCCUUCGAGAGGCGGCAAAGAACGGAGAGUAUAUGGAAGUGGAAAGACAAGUAAAAGCCGGAGCUGAUGUCAACCACACAGACCCGCAGUUUUCUUGUUUUACUCCCUUGCAUUGGGCUGCAUGGUACGGAUCUCCCGCUACUUGCCGCAAGCUCAUAGAGCUUGGAGCUUACAAGUUUCCUCUUGAUCGUGGGGAGCUGACUCCUUACCUCCUUGCUUGGGAUUUCGGGCGGUGGGACGUGCUGAAAGAACUCGAAAAUCUGGGCGCUGAAUACCCGAUCGUUCAAACCAUGACGACUCGAAGGCCCAAGAAUGAAACGAGGAGGCUGACGGUUUUCAACGAGAUCUUCAAUCCUGCGUAUCCCAAGGUCAGCAAUCCCGUUGAGAUGUCAAAGGUGACGAUCUAUCAGUCGGAUUUCUUCAAGAAGUACAGCUUAAGGCACAUCAAAGUGUUUGACACGCAAAAGUUGCCGAUGAAUGUCACGCCGGUUGCACCGGAACAUGGGGUCAAGAUUGACGAGGAUGUCCAAAUGACCGACGAUGACGAGUAUCCUUGCCUUGCCAAGCAUGUGCUACAACAGGAAGGUCACACCCCCGGUGCACACCCGGAGAUCGGGCCCGACGACUGGCUCGAGCCGUCUCGUCUGCCCGCCUGGAAGGAGGAGGCUCAGGAGGCGCCAAGGGAAAUUUCUCCUCCUCGAGACCUGAAUGGGAGGCUUCACCUCAACUGCCCCUUCAUGGACAAGGACGCGUGCAAAGCGCUGGGAGGGAGGUGGGACAUGGACAAGAAGAGCUGGUUUGUUCCCUCGGGCACCAAGUCUGCCGCCUUCAAGAAAUGGUGGCCCCGCGAGGCUCUGCUAGCAAGCCUGAAGCAGCAGGAGGAAGAAGCGCGGAAGAAUGCUCCUCCUCCCGUCAUCCACCUCACGGAGGAGGAGGCAGAGAUUAUGGUGAGGGACAGGAGGGAGAAGGGAGUGGUCGAGGGGGACUGGCCGCGGGCGUCUCAGGAGUUCCUGGACUAUUGGGGUAUCAACUCGACCUACUCCUUCCCAUCCUCCAACUCCGAGGUCAAACUCUUGGUUGUUGAGGCUGCCGCUGACGAGGUUGGGGGGUCUGAGCAGGGGCAGGUGGAGGAUUUCAGGCCUGAGUGGGCCAACUCAACUCUGUUCUCGAGUUUCACGCCGAGGAUGCUGAACAAGAAGUACUGGGCGCUGGAGCAUGACGACGUGCAGUGGAUGCUCAACGGGUAUGACGUGGAGCCGACCGAUGACAUGGAGUGGCUGCAAAAGAAGAAGUUCACGCAGAUGAAGAGGCUGAAGAGAGAUCUCUACAAGUUGGCGAGGAACGUGACAUUUGAGGAGUUCAACCCGCUGUCCGAGGAGCCAGAGGAGUCACAUGGAAAGAGUGCGAUUCAAUUUGACUGA